CUGCAAACUGGAAAUGGAAAACAAACAACGCAUUGAAAAUGAAAAUGGCGAUUUUGUUGAAGUUGUGUGCAUUUCGUGUUCAGUUGCUAUCGAGAGUGUUCCCAGGGAAGACCCCGUAGUUCAUGUUUCAAGUGCAAGUUUGUGAAUAAUUCUACUUGAUCCCCUAAAAUGAGCGAGUUAACGCCAGAUAUAAUGGAAAAUAACUUGGAUUUAAAAUCGAGUGACAAGCUUAUCCAAGAUGACGUCCCCGAACAGAAUGAACAACUUGCUGCGUGCGCAUCCGAACCUAUUACGAUGACAGCCGAAGGUGAACUUCCGCCAAAAAAACGGAAAACUCGGCGCGGGAAAUCAAAACGCAGACAUCCUUAUUUAAAAAACCCAAGGAAAGCGAAUAAAUUAGUGAAACCAGAGGCACCACAUAAUAGUAACCAAUUUCUAUUAGAGGAUCAUGCACUAGUCGAAGAUUUGGACAAAAAUUUCAUGUCGCCCACUUUAAGGACUAGGGAUUCCAGUUUUAGUGUCGACUCUGAAGGAGACUUUUAUUCGUCUCCUGAUGAUGAACAAAAGUUUCUAAUUAAAGACUUUGAUGACCAAUAUGAAACACUCCAAGCUGAAAGACUUCAAAGCUUGUCAAAAUCCGAGUUGAUCGAGGAAUAUCUUGCACUCGAAAAUAAACUUGAGCAAUUAACAAAGCAGAACCCAAAAUUAGAAGAAGAUGACUCUGAAGAUUCUCGACCUGAUCUUAAACAGGAGAUUGAAAGACUCACCAUUGAAAAUGAACGUUUAAGGAGAGAAAAUGACCUACUAAGAAGCAAAGAGAGUGAAUCUGAUUCUGAAGAUUCAGAAACAGACUCUAGUGAUUCUUGUAGCAGUUCUUCAUCAGCUAGCAGUAGCAGUUGUAACUCUAGAAGUUCUAGUCGUUCUAGAAGCCCUAUCAAUAAUGUUGAUUACAGUAAGACCAAUGGAAAUGUGUCAGUGCUUCAACGUCUUUAAGACUCUGAAUUGCUGUUUAUUUUAUAAAUAUUUACAGUUGCUUUAAAAAUAUCUUCCACCAAUGCAUAUUUUUCAUUUGAAAUGUCAUUUUGUUUGUUAAAAAUCGUAUCAUAAAAUAUAUUUAUUAAAAAGAUCGUUUAUCUGACAGCAAUUUUUAAAUUAGGUAGUGUAUUAUUUGAGCUUCCUUAAUAAUUAUUCUUUUUAAUGAUAAAAAUACAGCUGACACUUAAUUUAACAAGAUUUAUUUAUUACCGAAAAGAGAUUUUGUAAAAUGAAAUUGAUGUUUCACAAACAUGCAUUAAGUAUUAAGAAAAUGUGUUUGGAAAAAUAAGUGAGACUCGUUUCAAAAAAUUUUUUUUACAAUUACGAGUUUUAAUAUUUUGAACAAUUAUAACGUAUUAUUAAUAACGCAAAAAUAUAGAAUUUACAAUUUCUGGCAAAUUAGUAUGAUCCAGCCUAAACAAAGUUGUUAUUCCAAGUUCUUCCCUUAAAAUUAUGAAUCUUUUUUCUCCAGCGUUGUUAAAAUUUCAAAAACUUAUUUUGAAAAUAUUUAAUUUUUGCAAACUAUAAAAUGGUUGAUAAAUUUAGGACUUUGAAUAUUUGAUAGUACAUCUGAACUGUUUUUUAUAAAAAGGCUUUUUAAAAUUUUAGAAUUAAAAAAUUGUUCUCUUGAAGAUUAAUUUUAAUGGAUUAACAGUGAGUACUUUUUAUUUUGAUUUUUUUUUAAACAAUUACUUUGUGCUGCUGUUAAUGAAAAAUAUGCUGUGGAAGUCGUUUUGCUGAGUAUUAAGAAUUCUAAAUGCUUUUUAGACUUUAAAUCGUCAGCCCGAGACCUAAUGUUUUAUUUAUUUUAGUGAUUUGUUUAUAAUAUGGUCUACUUUUGAAUUUAAAUUCGUACAGUGUGAAACUAAAAGUAUUACCCCUACUAUGGUUUAAAUUUAAAUUCGCUUCAUUAGUGUUUACUUAAUUCAUUUAAAAAUUUUAAAUAAACUAAGGGAAGUAUCUAAAAAUAUACUUUUUUUGCCGAGAAGUCAUACCAGAACAUUUUUGAUGAACCAGUGUCAUAUCGUUUUGUUUGUUUAGGAAAUUUAAAAUUAUUUAAACCAUUGAAUAUACAAUUAAAAAUUCUUUCAAAUGAGCUAUUAGUCGACCCCUGUCGCCAUUUAAAAUUUUCAGGGGAGUAACUAACCUCUGCAAUGUGUUAAAAUUAGGUCACAUUUUUAUUGUAGAAAUGUGCUUAAUCAGAAAUAAAAAUCGACCUCUUUAAAUAUUUUUUCUAUUUUACAGUACAGUCAAUAGAGGGUUAACACCUUAAGUUCGCAUUGUAUAGAAUGACAAAUUUUUGGAAAAGUACAAAUCCUGCUUUUAUUUAUUACAAAGAAACAAUGAAAUCAUUACCAAUAAAUUGAUAAUUUAUUUUUAAUGUUAAUGUGAUAGUGUUGCUUAUAAAACCAUGCUAUUGAAUUUCCUGAUUAGGGGUAUUACAUUUUAAAAUCUAGAAUUAAAUUGAAAUGCAUUUAAGCUGGUCAAGUCAAAAUUACAAAACAGUUCCAUCAAAAAAAGUUUAUCCAGUAUUACUCGGUUUAUCCAGUAUUGCUCAUGUGGUGUGGCGUCUCUUAUAAAAUGCAGAAUGAUAUAAAGAAAAUUAUACUCCUUGUUUAAAGUAAUACGCCACAGUAAAAUUUGGUAGCAAUUUAUAACGAGAUUGUGAAAUUAUUAUAAAAAAAAAAUAUUUCAAUGUCUUUUUCCACAGAAAAAGGCGUUUUUGACCCAGUUCUCAUAUUUUGGUCCAAAUAAUCUGUGGAGUGUAAAACUGCCUUACCAGAGUGACAAGAGUUGUUAAAAAAUUCAAAGAGCACCGACUUAAGUGAGGUAAUUACUAAAAAUAGAACUAAAUAAAAUAAUUGGUUAACUUUUGUUCAAUUUUUUGAGCCAGUCUAUUUAGCAUUGACUGUAUUAUAUUACAUAUACGGUGUACGAAAGAUGAAAUUCUUGGUUCUACUUUUCUUGUGUUGGAUUGAAUGCAGAAAAAGAAACGACACCAUACCAUAUCAGUGUUACAAUUCACAGGUGGAGUCAUAGGUUGGUAACAGCUAUUAACCAGUAAAUGACCAUGUCGAUACCACAUCAUUUCGUUCUCUCUUCAUAUGAACACAAUUUACUAUUCAGUUCAAGCAGGACCUAAGGUUUAAUCUGGUCAGCUCGAUAUGUAAUAUUUAUAUCAGCCUCUUCCCACUAUUAUUCCCCAAUUACACUCCAAAUGUUUCCUUUUGGAUUAAAAUUAAAGAAAAAUAAACCUUACCACCAUACAAUUUCAAAAAUAAAGGAGAAUGUAUUUGCAAUUAUGGCAGCCUGUCAUUCUCAUACUAUUUUGUCAAUAUUACUGUACUAUGGCAAAAAAGAAUUAAUUAAAAAACACAGUUUUGAAGAAACUAUAUUAUAUACAAUGUUAAAUAUGCAGUCUUUCACUUUUACGGAAAAUUAGCAUAAUGUUCCUUUUUGAGAAAUGAUAAACUAAAAUUUAAAAAUAUAUUGUUUAUUGUGUUUAUUCUUUAAGGCACUGACGCUGAGCUUAAAAAUCGUUCUCUCUCGAUUAUGUGCACUUUCUUUUUUUACUCUUUAAGGCCCGUACUUAGGGUAAAUAUUGAUUUUAAAUCUGCAUCAAAAAAAUAAACCCUUAAUUCUUUGAGAAUUUAUACUAAAAGUUAUUUAUUUGUAUUAUUACACCACGACUAAAAUACCUAAUACUGAAGUUGAGGAGAAAUGAAAGGCGUAUUUAAAAUGUGUAGAGUUGAAAAAAAUAUCUUAAGAUAUUUUCAGUUUAAUUUUAAAAAUAUUUUCAAGCGCUUUCGGCAUUUAAGCCAUCAUCAGCCCAGACAGAACACCAAAUCCUUUGGAUAUCUACUGGACAUCCCAAUAUCCACUGAAUGUCCAGUCCAUGGUGGGUAUCUAUUUUAUAUCCAUGAGAUAUAAUUUAUAGACAUGCAAAUGUCCAUAAAUAAUAGUAAUUAUAUAGCAAAUUAUUAAAAAAUUACGCCAUUGUGGCUAAUGGUACCGUUCAGAUAUUUAAAAUUAAUUUUUUUUAAGGUGUAUUCAAUAUCCCAUGGACAUCCAAUAGAUGUAAUUUUUGAUUUUGCCCACUAAGAAGAAAGUCAUUCUUGGACUGGGUUCGUCCUUAUUAGGUCUAGAAUUAUUUC